AUGAAGGCGUCGAUGAAGUUUCGUGAGGAGCAGAAACCACUUUUCAGGGCUAAAGUUCCUCUGAGUAUCUUAGGUUUACCGUUUCAAUCAGGAAUCGUCGCCGGAGAAUCUAAAGAGCUUAGCCUCAAUCUCUCUACUUUCUUCGAAUCUGGUCCUUNUCUCAAAGUCGCUUACCGUCCAAACGAUUCCUGGAACCCUUUCUCUCUAAUCGUCAAAACCGGUACUGGAUCUUUCGGUUCUCCGAUCUCAAGCUCCAUGCUCAUGAGCGCUGAAUUCAACCUCCUUGGUAAAGGAAACCCUAGCUUUAUGCUUCACUUCAAACCCCAAUUCGGCGAUUUCUCAAUCAAAAAGUCUCACUCGUCUUCUGGAUUCGACGGGAAUCUGAUCAAAUCGGUUAACGGAUCUGUUUCUGAAGAGGAUUCGUCGAUCGAGGUUGUGGAUUCUCCGGCGGUCAAUGGAUGCGGCGGAGGAUUUAGGAAAGUCACGGUUCUUCCGUCGACUUCAGCCGGAGACAUCGCUGGUUUGCUUUCCGGUGUCGAGGUUGCGGCGAGGACGUCUUUGCCUGUGAGAGGACGAGCCGUCGUGAAUUUCCGGUGGGGCGUUAGGGUGCCUACGGAGAUAAGACGCGAUUUCGAUCCAACGGCUGCGAUUUCUCUGAGGAGAUUCCCUUUUCUCGUGAUGAAUAAAAUCGGAAUCGAACACGUGGACGGCUCAGAUGCUAAAUUGACUAAAUCAGCGAAUGAUCCGGGUAAAGUUUCGGAUCCGGGUCGUGGUGACGUGGCGGAGGUUUGUUUGGCCGUGAAUCGGCAGAUGGAGGAGCUUCGGACGGAGAAUAAACAGUUGAAGAGAGCCGUCGAUGAUCUCCGGGAAGCAAUUUCAAGCGGCCGUAAUCAAUUUUCUCCGGCGACGAUUGAUUACGGAGCUCACUCAAAGUACCGUGAAUCAGAGAGGAACAACAAUGGGAGAUCGAGAGGGGAUCGGUGGAGCAGCGAGAGGACGACGUCGUCGGAUUACGGCGGGAAGAAAAGCAAAGAAGAAGGUGAUGUUGCAGAGGAGUUGAAGAAAGCUUUGAAAGGAGCUGCUUGA